AUGAGUGGAAUCACAUCGUGCCUGGUGGCAUGCGAGCGAUGGUGCCCCGUGCCGUGUCUCGGCGGAAGUCGCUCAAGAGAUGGUCUCUACGAAACAACUCUCGCCGAGAAUGAACGGGAAGCAGUCUCAGAUUUGCUACAAGCUUUGGAAAGUCGACACGAGAAUGAAACCGAUUUCUUCUCAGGAGAACCUCUGAGAGCUCUGAGCACGCUCGUUUACUCCGAUAAUGUCGAUCUGCAGCGAAGCGCGAGUCUGACUUUUGCUGAAAUAACUGAACAUGAUGUACGCGAAGUCGAUCGUGAUGCGCUCGAACCAAUCCUUUUUCUACUCCAGAGUCCUGACAUCGAGGUGCAACGCGCUUCCAGCGCUGCGCUAGGAAAUCUGGCUGUCAAUGGUGAAAACAAGGUCUUGAUUGUGUCCCUGGGAGGGCUGGUCCCUCUAAUUCGCCAGAUGAACUCAGCAAAUGUCGAAGUACAGUGCAAUGCGGUGGGAUGUAUCACAAAUUUGGCCACCCAUGAGAAGAACAAGGCCAAGAUCGCUCGUUCUGGCGCGCUGGAUCCUCUGAUUCGACUCGCCAAGUCGAAGGAUGAGCGUGUGCAGCGCAAUGCGACCGGCGCAUUGCUGAACAUGACUCAUUCUGAUGACAACCGGCAGCAGCUAGUCAAUGCCGGUGCGAUUCCGGUCCUCGUUCAUCUGCUAUCCUCCAAGGACGUCGAUGUACAGUACUACUGCACCACAGCACUUAGCAACAUCGCCGUUGAUCCGUCCAAUCGCAAACGCCUUGCCCAAACCGAAUCGCGCCUAGUUCAAUCCCUCGUCUAUCUUAUGGACUCGUCAACGCCCAAAGUCCAGUGUCAAGCCGCUCUCGCCCUCCGCAAUCUCGCCUCCGAUGAGAAAUACCAACUCGACAUCGUACGCGCCAAGGGCCUGUCACCGCUGCUGCGACUCCUUCAAUCUUCGUACCUCCCGCUUAUCCUUUCCGCCGUUGCUUGUAUCCGGAAUAUCUCUAUUCACCCUCUGAAUGAGUCUCCGAUCAUCGAAGCCGGCUUCUUGACACCCCUUGUGGAUCUCCUUGGUACUACCGACAAUGAAGAAAUUCAAUGCCAUGCCAUCUCCACCCUUCGCAAUCUCGCAGCCAGCUCCGAUCGCAAUAAAGAACUCGUUCUGCAGGCUGGAGCUGUGGCGAAGUGCAGGGACCUAGUUCUUCGGGUCCCUCUAACCGUGCAGUCUGAAAUGACUGCUGCGAUUGCCGUGUUGGCUCUCAGCGACGAACUCAAGCCCCAUCUUCUCCAGCUUGGCGUGUUUGAUGUUCUAAUUCCGCUGACCAACUCGGACAGUAUCGAGGUUCAAGGAAACAGUGCAGCUGCCUUGGGCAAUCUCUCAUCAAAAGUGGGCGACUACUCUAUGUUUGUCACUAGCUGGACAGAGCCAAACGAAGGAAUUCGCGGUUAUCUCGAGCGCUUCCUAGACAGCGGAGACGCCACCUUCCAGCACAUUGCCAUUUGGACCCUUCUCCAGCUACUAGAAUCCGAGGACAAGAAAUUAAUUGCACUAAUCUCCAAGUCUGAGGAUAUUAUACACAUGGUAAAGUCAAUCGCAGAGAGGAACAUCGACUCCGAGGAUGAAGAAUAUGACGAUGGAGAGGGUGAAGUAAUUGCACUUGCACGACGAUGCUUGGAAUUCUUGGGCCAGGGUCCUAGACAGACGCUAGUCGAGGCCUAA